AUGUCUUUCGGACUUGCGAAUGACUGGGGACUUGGAAAUAAUGGUGUCAAAAUAUCCAUAAACUAUUUCGAUGGGAUUAUAGAGCAAAGUCUCUUGGGCGCCCUUGGGUCUGCAGAGCUACAACUGAUCUUCAAGUCUCUACUGAAAAGAGACGAGACCACCAAGGAAAAAGCACUGUGCGAUUUGCUGGCUUUGCUGGGCGACGAAAAAAACAGAUAUUUAUUCGAAGAUGAAUGCUUCGCCCUAUGUUGGUCUCAAAUCUACGCCAAGCUGACAACGAACGAGUCUCGAAACGUUCGGGUAUCAGCACACACAAUUACAACAGAUGUGAUCAGACUUGUCGGUAAAAAAAGUGGGAAAUUUCUGAAGGACUUUGUGCCGUUUCUGCUCUCGGGAAUUUACGACCACGAUGCCUUCGUCUCCAAAUCAUGUUCAAAAAGCUUACUGCACUGUUUUGGUGACAACUCUCAAAAGGUCAAUGCUCUUUGGAAACUAUUCCAAGCACAGGCCCUCAGGCUUGUAAAAGAGGUGUUGAUCGUGGAAACCCCGGAGUCGCUAGCAGACGAACGCUAUGUGUCGAAACAGGACUUACAACUGAAAUAUGCCCGUGUGGCAAUGACCGCAAUCUGUAUGUUGGACCGCUUGGCCAGGGAGAAUCCCGAAAACUUCACGCCCGAAACCUCUGAAUAUCUGGACAUCUUGUCAAGCGACAGUCUGUGGAACUUGUUGUCUUUCAAAGACAUCCACAGUCUCAAAACAUGCGAGGCGCUGAUGCGCUUGAUAGGAACCAUGUGGGAUUUGGGUUUUUUGACCUCAUGCAAACCAGUUAUUAAGCUAGUUUCAAAGCGAUUUCUGAAAUCGAUCGGUCAGCUAUCAGGAAAAAAUGUGCCCAUUGCCUCGCCCUUAUUCCCAAAAAUUAUGUGCCUACUAUCUGAUUUGCUUCAGUACAAAGAUGGCAAAAUGCUUUCAUGGGAUAAAGCAUCUCACGAGAAAAUCAAAAAGCUUUUGUUGUUGGGACCUGCGAAUUCAGAUCCUUCCUAUUACAACGCGUUGCUCUCGCUUUAUGAGAAAAACAAUGCGGUACUGGGCUUCGACUACCACUCAGAGUGGCUGGAAAUAUGGCACAAAAAUCAUAAGUAUGAGAGCCAAAGACGAGGUGUGCCUGUUAAAUGCCAAGCUAUGUCAGACAAGUUUUGGGAAGCCUACCUCAGAUUUAUCUCUCUUGCACCAGCACAAUUACACGAAGAGAUUGUAGAGGCUUCACAUAAUGAAAUCUUCACGAGUCUGAAGGAGAAGUCACUAACGAAAAACCCCAGCAUUGUCGACUUAUUCGUGACGGAACUUUCUUUCGACGCUUUGGAGAUAGAGAUCACAAGUUUGCUGCCAUCAGGGGUUAAUAGUGAACAAAAAGAUAAGCAGUACCUGAAUAACCUUUUCACCAUUGCAUUUUCCAAGAAACAGAAUGAAUUAUUUUUGAGACAUAUAUCAGAGGUUAUGAUUGCAUCUAUGAAGCAACAUGAGUUUCGAAGCUCGCAUUAUGGUUAUAUCUUCUUUACGCAAACAAUGGAUUCGAGCCACUUACAAUUGCGGGAUCAACUAAUCGAAUUACUGGAAUUACUAUCAAGAAAUCUUUCUUCGGAAAGUUACCACGCUGCGUCAAAUAUCUUCACAAGUUUUUCCCACACAUUUCCCGUCGACCAGCUAGAGGAUACCCGCGUCUCAGACGCGUUUAUCAGUUUCUUGAAUAAGCUGGUGGAGCUAGACAUUCCGGAAGCAAGUAAACUUGCAAUCUCGAACAACCUUGACAAAAGCUAUCUUCAAAAUAUUGCAAAACGUUCUCAUUGUUAUCAACAGUUUCAAAGCGUCACCCUCGAUAACUUCGUCUUCUCUGAUAGCGAACUCUACAAGAGCCAGCUAAUUAACGAAAAAACAAUUUAUGACCUUUACGAAAAAGCUGCAGAGCAUUCCCAGUUGAGAUCAUUCUGCUCUAAUAUCAGUUGCUAUCAACCUAGCCUCUAUGAGCACCUACUUCUGCAUAGUCAUCUCAUAGUAGACGUUUUGUUCGGAGAUUAUGGCGCUGUAGCAUCAGACAUGAGGGCUAAAGUGCUUCAACUUUCCAAAAUUAACGACGACGUGGCGAUUAAAGCAGGGCAUGCGGCUGUGCAGAGUGUGAAGCUGUCUUCUGAAAAUAUGGUACCUGACAUGCAGGAGUACAUGAUGAGCCUGGUCGCGGCCAACGAUAAAGUUAUAGAGGUGCUCCUACCGCAGAACAUAUUACAAGAACUUGAUGGGGCUGUUCCCUUUGUGAGUCACCAGAUGGCAACUAGCAGCUCAUUGGGCUUGAAUGUCUUCUUGCUGCCAACUUCCGAUCAAGAGAUUGACCUGGCACUGGUCGAGCCAGUCAUCAAAAUGGCGCAAUUCUUGGACUCCAUUUUGGCGCAAAUGCCCGAAUAUCUGACAGACGAGGUGUUAUUGUAUCUGACAAGUGUUAGCGAGCUGGCAGCCGACUACAACUUUUACAGCUCAACGCCGUCGGAAGAAUACCAAAGCUUUAAAUGCACAUUGUUUGCAUCUGACCGAGUCAACUUCGAUGCCAGUGCCAUAAUCCAGGCCCUGGUGGAUACAAAAAUACCCGAUUUCAAAAUUUUGGAAAUGCUGACGAACACAGAAAAUGUGACAGCAACAAUUACUUUCUUCAAUUGUCGUAUCAUUAAAAAGCUCUUGACAAAUGCCGUGGAUUAUUGCUCGGCAUCUAUUCUCGAUGACAAAAGUAUCGAAUCAUUCAUUUUGAGAACUGUGCGGGAAAAGACAUUGUCAAGUGGAAAGCUUCUUCAGUCGGCGACUAUACUUUCAUCCAUUACCAAAUUCAGCACCUCUGAUGCCUUAACGAAGACAAGAACUUAUUUAGCAUCAGAACUUAUUGGAGCCAAAGUUUCGGAAGCGGUGGAGAGGACCACCAGCGUGCUAAUAUUGCUGAAUAAUCUGCUCAAGCUUGAUGAUUUCACUAACAUUCCCGAGAAUUAUCAACCCAUCGCACCACAACGUCUCAAAAUGAUAUUAAAAGACGUGGACAGAUGGUGUGACAGUGAAUUUUGGUAUGAUGAUUCAUUCUCGGUACUCAGACUUGCCCUGUCGGAAUUUUUGGAGUCCUUGUUAAUUCUACCAUCCUCAUCUGCCCUAGCUAGCUCUCUUUGCAGCCAUGCCCAUCGCAUUGUAAGAGACUGUGUUGAUUUGGUGAGUGCAGGGGGCGUUCCCUAUGCCUGCGAGUUCAAGAUUCGCUCGAUCAGUUUGUAUAGACGCCUGUCAAGUGAGAAAACUAAUGCUAUGUUGGGACUGGGCGACCUUACACCAGGAGAUGAGUCAGAGUUGUUUGACGCUUUGAUGGAGGCUUUUCUUCUACAAGCGGAUUAUAACAAACAUAAUCACUUUUCAUUCGUUUUCUACAGGUCGUUGGGUGACAUUCUGCAUCGCUCGGCAACGUCAAACUUUUCACGGUAUGGUGAUGGGCUCAUGAAGAACAUCACUUUAAGUUCAUCUGAGGUGAACAUAGAUCAGGAAAGACUGGCCGUAAGAGUAUUGAGAGAGUCAAUUCUGUUGGAGCAGCAGACGCUUUUGAUAGACUUUGAGUUUCACAACUCUUCUCAAGACACUGUUGAUGAUGAAUCAGUUAAAAAGUUUCAGCUGCCAACGGAGUUGUUAGAUAAAGUCGAGCAUGAUGCGCCACAUGAGUAUUUGGAAAAUGAGAACGAAUACCUAUUUCUGAAAUAUUUGUGGGGUUGUUAUUUGACUCUGACGUAUUUCAAGAAUAUUUCCUACAACUUGAGGCAGCUGUACGUUGGUCAAUUGAAAGAGCGUGGUUUGAUUUUCAAACUAUUCGAUUUUAUUUCUGACCAGUUAGACCUUGACGACAAGUCAUGGGUACCAUUGGAGGAGUCCUUCAUUCUCGCUUAUGACAUCGAGGGACUGGGACUUUCUUCAUCACAGGAAACCAUUCUUCAAGAGUGUAAGAAUCUUUUGCUGCAUUUGCUUUAUGUGCUUUUCAAAGACAUGGGCGCCAUCACAAGCUCAUGGUGGCUAAAUCUCAAAGAUAGAGCUCUUCAGGCAAAGAUAGAGAAGUUUUCCGCGGCCUACAUUUCUCCAAUUCUGGUCAAACAGGAAUUGGAGGACGUGGGCAAGAAAGCUAAAAAGCUUACGGAUCAGGACGAGACCCUCACUGUGAAGGUAAACAACGUAACAAACGAAAUCAAGGCCGGAUACCUAGUGGACGAGCAGAAGCUCGAAAUAGCGCUGAGACUCCCUUCUAAUUAUCCUUUGAAUAACAUUGAAGUCCAUGGAGUCUCGCGGGUCGGUAUCAGUGAGCAGAAAUGGAAGUCGUGGAUUUUGUCUGCCCAACGAGUCAUGGUUGGCAUGAACGGCUCCGUAAUGGAUUCGCUGGAGCUAUUCACUAAAAACGUAAAUCUGCAUUUUGCUGGAUUCGAAGAGUGUGCUAUCUGUUACUCUAUUUUGCAUGCUGUGGACCGUAAAUUGCCCACCAAAGUGUGUCCCACCUGCAAAAACCGCUUCCACGGCGCCUGUCUGUAUAAGUGGUUCCGCUCUUCUGGCAACAACACAUGCCCUCUGUGCCGUAGUGAGAUUCCAUUUAGAAGGUGA